CUAAUUUCGCAAAAAAAAUUAAUUUUAAUAAUUUAAAAAAAAUUAAUACGCACUUAAAAAUAUAGAGUGAGUAGUGAUAAGUGUAAAAUAUUUAAACAAAUCAGAAUUAUUAUUAAAAAAUAAUAAAAUCUUAUUAUUAAAAAUUCGGAUUUAUAAUUUGAAAUUAUUAUUUUUUUUUUUAUUUAAAUUAAAAUUUAAAAUUCGUAUAAGAAUAAAUUAAAUUUUUUCUUAAUAUUGUAAAUUAAUAAAAAAAAAAAAAAUUAUAAAAUAAAAAGAUGGCGCUUUUAACAGGAGGAGCGAAUUUCAUACGUUAUUUACUGUUUGCAUUCAAUUUAUGUUUUGUGAUAACUGGAAUAAUUAUAAUAUCAGUUGCAGCUACAGUACAAGGUGUUUACUGGGAAUAUGAUUCAUUUUUAAUUGGAAAAUUCUUUUCGAUACCAACAUUUUUAAUUGUUAUCGGUGUAUUUAUAUUUAUAAUUGCAUUCUUUGGUUGUUGUGGAGCAUAUAAAGAAAAUUAUUGCAUGAUAUUAAUAUUUUCAAUAUUAUUAUCAUUAAUAUUUAUAUUUGAAUUAUCAGCUGGUAUAGCAGGUUAUGUAUUGAGAAGCGAAGCCCAUAAAUUGAUUGAUACAGAAUUACAAAAUACUAUGGUUAAAUAUAGUAAUUCAUCAUAUCCAAAAAUACAAUAUAUAUGGGAUUCAGUACAAACAUCAUUUGAAUGCUGUGGUUCAGAAUCAUAUAAAGAUUGGGGUAGAGUUUUCGAAAAUAAUAAAGAAAAAUUAGAUUUACCAAUGUCAUGCUGUGACAUACCAAAUGGUGUUAUUGGAAAUUAUUCAUGUAAUGGUGCAAAAAUAAAUAAUAAACAUUUACAUGGUGCAGGAUGUUUAAAUAAAUUCGCUGAUUUUAUUGAAUCACAUGCUGUUAGUCUAGGAGCAACUGGAAUUAUAUUUGCAAUAAUUCAGUUAAUUGGAAUAUUCUUUGCAUGUUAUAUAGCUAGACAAGUUAAAAUAAAAACUGGAGCAAGUGGACUUUUCUAGGCUUAAUUAAAAAAAAAAUUGUACAAAAUAAUUUAAAAACAAAAAUUAAAAUUAUUUUUUAAUUAAAUAGAUAACCCUAUAAAUUUGAUGCAAAAUUUUCAUUUAAUAUUCAUAGAAUUUUUUUUUUUGCCCUGAAAUUACAUUCUACAUUAAUAAAUGUUACUUAAAUUUAAAAAUUAAACAUUCCUUAACAAA